CUCAACACAGAAGUGAUUUUUACAUAGAUCGUCAACACGUCAGGCCUUAACUGUAUUGAAUUUGGGAGAAAUCUGAAUGAAAGCUCAUUUGUAUGGUAAUUGUUGUAUUUUCUUUUUAUUUCAGAUCUCAAAUGGACAGAUGAAUAAGAGCAGAAUAUAGCCAGGGAGUGUCAUCUCAUCUUCAUCUAUGGUGGCUCAAACAACAGUAAACAUGGAGGUGAAUCAAUAUACAGAAACUGUGAAGGUCUUUCACACAAACUAUGUUCGUAAUUAUCGUGCAGUUGGUGUCAUGUGGGGCAUUUUUACGAUAUGCUUCGCUUUGAUAAACAUAGUGGUAUUUAUCUACCCACAGUGGAUAGGUGACACAAGAGAAUCUGUUGGAGCCGGGUAUUUUGGACUAUACGAACAUUGCAGAAUUGUUACAGGAGGUGGACUUUUGUGUUAUGGAAAUUUUGGUGAUUUUACCCAUAUCCUCAGUGCUGCAUUCAAGGGAGCAACCUUCUUCAUCGGAUUUUCAGCUUUAUUAUCUCUAGUUACCAUCGUUGCCAUGCUACUAUUUUUCUUCAUGUCUACCAAGAUUGUGUUUUUCAUCUGUGGUGUUCUUCAGCUUGGAUCAACAAUAUGCAUGUUCCUUGGAUGUGUGAUAUAUCCAUCUGGUUGGACAAAUGAACACGUCAUGGCUGUUUGUGGCAACGCAGGCGCAUAUGAGAUUGGCAAAUGUGGUGUCAGGUGGUCGUAUAUUCUCGCAAUUCUUGGUAUAUUUGAUGCAAUGAUGCUGUGCAUUCUCGCAAUUGUUCUAGCUACUCGCCAAGCCAAGCUUAAGCCAACUGGAUAUACAUCUAAAGCAUAUGAGAAUGGUUACAUUGAGAAAAAUGGCCAUGUGAUCCAGCCAGUUAUGAUGCCACAUGAUGGUUAUUCCGAUUAUUCAUCACCCUCUGAACCAAUCAGAAACGGAACGACGAAAUCGAAAAAGCGCAAUAGGAAAGAUUUUACAUUGUAA